AUGCCAGUUACUAAUAAUGACAUAUCUGUUGUUGGGGCAUUCAAUCCUGUCGAGAGUCAUAUGGUUUCUGUCCCAACACAUCAUGAAAUCGACGAGAAGCUACGUAUUUCGGCUGACAAUCGAGAAAUCUCCAAGGUUACCUUAGACAUUGACACUAAGGAAUUGUUUGAUGGUUCUAUAGAUGAAAAGAGUGACGAUUUCAUAAUUGUUACUGGUGCCGACGCAGCUGCUCACUUAUUACCACUCAGAGAUGAUGGGCAGCCAGCGUUGAGUUUCAGAAGUAUUUUCUUGGCCACCAUUCUAUCAGGAUUUCAGGCAGUGAUGUACCAGAUCUACUCGUUCAAACCAACUUCAUUGGGUGUUAUUCAAGGUACUUUUAGUGUACUGAUUGCCUACUUCUUGGGCAAGACAUGGGCAAAGGUACUUCCUCGCGGUGAACAAUUUGAGGCUCGUUGGAGAGAAAGAGGUGGACAGGGCAAGAUACCAUUAUACAUCCGAAUCAUCUCCUUCAAUUAUGGAACGUGGAACCUCAAAGAACACGCUAUUUGUGCCAUUACUGCCACAUCAGCAUCCAAUGCAGCAGAAACCAUCACAGUCUUCGCAGCUCAGAAUCUCUUCUACGGAUUACUGCUCAGUGCUACUACGGUCAUAUUGGCAGUUAUAUCGAUUGGUCUAUUCGGAUAUGGACUCUGUGGGAUGCUUCGCCCAAUUAUGGUUUGGCAUCCUGAAUACUUUUGGUAUGCAUUUGGAAGCAUGUUUGCCUAUGAAUUCUUUCCGGCAUAUCUCUUUCCUUGGUUAAAUUCUGUUUCAAUUCCAUCUUUGGCAGCUAUGAAUGCUACGGGAAGUAAAGCGGCAACACUCACCAAUCUGUUUGGGGGUGCGACAAACAAUGAGGGCCUGGGACUUCUUACCCUAUCGUUCGAUUGGCAAUAUAUCACUUCUUUCAACACCUCUCUUCCUCUCAAGACCCAAGCUCAUAGUUUAUCCGGAUAUAUUGUCUGCUUUGCUGCCAUGCUCGGUAUUUACUAUACCAAUACUUGGGAUUCAAAGUCACAACCAUUCAUGUCAACACAACUUCGCUCAGAAAAUGGCUCAAGAUAUCCAACUGGACAAGUCUUUACCAAUGGUGUCCUCAACGAGACUGCUCUGGAGGAAUUCGGCAAUCCAAAUCUAACAGGAAGCUUUGCGUACGCUAUGUUCAUGGCAAAUGCUGCUAUCGGUGCACUGAUCACGCAUUGUUUUAUUUUCUGGGGUGGGGAUGUCAUCCGAGCAUUCAAAAGCGCAAGAGCAGGAACUUACGAAGAUCCACAUCAUGCACAUAUGGCUAGAACUUAUAAAGAAGCUCCAUGGUGGUGGUAUGUUGCUGUACUCGUUAUCAGCUUUGUUCUUGGUCUUGUCGUUGUCAUCAAAGAGAAUGUUACUUUACCGGUUCGGGCGUAUAUUGUUGCGUUGUUAUUAGGUUGUUUUAUUGCUCCUUUGAGUAAUCUCCUAUAUGCUCGAUACGGAAACGGAAUCGCCACAAAUAACUUGUCAAAAAUGUUGGCAGGUCUCAUGCUUCCUGGACGUCCAGUUGGAAAUAUAUAUUUUGCGGCUUGGUCGCAUAAUGUUAUUGCGAAUACAGUCAAUCUUUCCAAUGACCUCAAAUUAGGCGAAUAUCUCAAAAUUCCUCCUCGUGUUAUGUUUCUUACUCAAGUAUAUGGUACUAUCUUGGGUGGUUUCGUCAAUUAUGUUGUAAUGAUAUCCAUCGUGAAUGGUAAUCGGGAACUUCUCUCCACAGGAAAUGGCAAUAGUUCAUGGAGUGGUGCCACUAUUCAAGCUUUCAACACCAAUGCAGCUUCUUGGGCAUUGGCAAAGCAACUCUAUAAAUCGGGGGCAAAAUAA